AUGCCAACUACGGCCUCUUACGUCUUUGCGACCGCUAUCAUCGCCGGUGUCAUUGGCUACUUUGCUGGUCAAGGUGCCUCGCUCGGAUUAUUCUCUUCUUCGCCAGCGACGACGAAACGAUCGACGGCGAAGCGCGCAACGAAAGAAAAAGAUGAGAUAAUAGAGGAGGAGGACGAGGAAUCAGAGGAAGAAGAUAGCGAAGAAGAAGAAGGGGAUGGAGCUGAGUUAGCGACGUUUGAGGGUAAUCACGAUGAGGUGAAACUCGUUCUUGUUGUGCGGACGGAUUUAGGCAUGGGCAAGGGAAAAAUCGCCGCUCAAUGCUCGCAUGCCACACUCGCCUGUUACAAAUAUUACUUCUCCAAGGCCCCCAACUCGCCCAUCCUCAAGCGCUGGGAACGCGGUGGACAGGCAAAAGUUGCUCUGCAGGUCAAGUCAGAGGAAGAGAUGUUGGUACUACAAGCUCAAGCGAUGAGUCUGGGACUCUGCGCGCGCGUGAUUCAGGAUGCCGGACGGACACAGAUAGCCAGUGGAAGCAGGACGGUUCUUGGUGUUUUGGGACCCAAGACAGUGGUUGAUCAGGUCACUGGUCAUUUGAAACUUUUAUAA